UCAUUGAGAUCGCAACUCUCCCUUUUUAAACUCCCACGCUAACUCCCUCCCCCUUAUCACACUCUCUACUCAUUUCUCAUACUCACACAGCAUCGUUAUCAAUGGCUACUACGACGUCGUUUCCCACUCUCCGUCUCCAACCCCUCUCUAACAAAACGACUACACUCUCUCCUCUCUAUUCUCGCCCAUCUCUCUCUCUUAGUUCCACUUCUACCCCUCACAAAUUAGCCCUAAAAACCCGCCCAAACAAUGCCUUGUUCGCCGCACCUUCUAGAACCUUCCGGAACAACUCCUCGUUCGUUGUCCGUUGCGAAGCUUCCGGUGGAAGAAUUACGCAAGAGGAGUUCACUGAAAUGGCGUGGCAAGCUAUCGUCUCGUCGCCCGAGGUUGCCAAGGAGAAUAAGCAUCAGAUUGUGGAGACUGAGCAUCUUUUGAAGGCUUUGUUGGAGCAGAAGAACGGACUUGCUCGCAGGAUCUUCUCGAAAGCCGGUGUUGAUAAUACUCGCCUUCUUGAAGCUACCGACAAGUUCAUCAAUCUCCAGCCUAAGGUUCUUGGUGAGUCUGCUGGCUCGAUGUUGGGGCGGGAUUUGGAGUCCUUGAUACAGCGGGCCAGAGAUUACAAGAAAGAGUACAAUGAUUCAUUUGUAUCAGUUGAGCAUUUGGUGCUUGGAUAUGUGGAAGAUAGACGAUUCGGGAAGCAAUUGUGUAAAGAUUUUCAGAUUUCACUUAAAGCCCUAAAGAAUGCUAUAGAAGCUAUUAGGGGACGCCAAACGGUGAUUGACAAAGAUCCCGAGGGCAAGUACGAAGCAUUAGAGAAAUAUGGAAAAGACUUGACUGCCAUGGCAAGGGCAGGAAAGCUUGAUCCAGUGAUUGGAAGGGAUGAUGAGAUACGGAGAUGCAUACAGAUUCUUUCUAGGAGAACAAAGAAUAAUCCAGUCCUAAUUGGUGAGCCUGGUGUUGGAAAAACUGCAAUUUCUGAGGGGCUUGCUCAGAGAAUUGUUGAAGGAGACGUCCCUCAAGCUUUGAUGAACAGGAAGUUGAUAUCACUGGAUAUGGGUGCACUUAUUGCUGGAGCUAAAUAUCGUGGAGAAUUUGAAGACAGAUUAAAGGCUGUGCUCAAGGAAGUUACUGAAUCAGAUGGACAGACUAUUCUAUUUAUUGAUGAGAUCCAUACAGUCGUUGGGGCAGGUGCAACCAAUGGGGCAAUGGAUGCUGGCAAUCUCUUAAAGCCCAUGCUUGGACGUGGAGAAUUGCGAUGUAUCGGGGCAACUACCUUGGAUGAAUAUCGUAAAUACAUUGAAAAAGAUCCAGCCUUGGAGCGCCGUUUUCAACAAGUCUAUGUCGAUCAACCCACAGUGGAAGAUACAAUCUCUAUAUUGCGGGGGCUUCGGGAAAGAUAUGAACUACACCAUGGGGUUCGCAUAUCUGAUGGGGCAUUGGUGGAGGCUGCGAUUCUCUCAGAUCGUUAUAUUAGUGGCCGUUUCUUACCCGACAAAGCUAUUGAUCUAGUUGAUGAAGCAGCAGCAAAACUGAAAAUGGAAAUCACGUCUAAACCAACAGCACUCGAUGAGAUCAACCGUUCAGUUCUAAAAUUGGAGAUGGAGAGGUUAUCUCUUACCAAUGACACAGAUAAAGCUUCAAAGGACAGACUUGAUCGCCUUGAGGCAGAGUUGGAUCUUUUAAAGAAGAAACAAACUGAAUUAAAUGAGCAAUGGGAACAUGAGAAAACUGUCAUGACACGCUUGCAGUCAAUUAAAGAAGAGAUUGACAGAGUAAAUCUUGAGAUCCAGCAGGCAGAGAGGGAGUAUGAUCUUAAUCGUGCAGCUGAGUUGAAGUAUGGAAGUUUGAACUCUUUGCAGCGUCAACUGGAAACUGCAGAGAAAGAACUAGAUGAAUAUAUGAGGUCAGGGAAGUCCAUGCUAAGAGAAGAAGUUAGUGGGAGUGAUAUUGCCGAGAUUGUUAGUAAAUGGACUGGUAUUCCUGUCUCAAAGCUACAACAAUCGGAGAGAGAGAAGUUGUUACAUUUGGAAGAAGAGCUGCACAAACGCGUGGUUGGCCAAAAUCCUGCUGUUACAUCUGUGGCUGAGGCUAUACAGCGAUCUCGAGCAGGUCUAUCAGAUCCUCACCGCCCUAUAGCUAGCUUCAUGUUCAUGGGUCCUACAGGAGUUGGAAAAACAGAACUAGCAAAGGCCCUUGCAUCCUAUAUGUUCAACACUGAGGAUGCUCUUGUGAGGAUAGACAUGAGUGAGUAUAUGGAAAAGCAUACAGUUUCAAGAUUAAUAGGCGCUCCACCUGGUUAUGUUGGAUAUGACGAAGGAGGACAGCUGACGGAGACGGUCCGCAGGAGGCCAUAUGCAGUUAUUUUGUUUGAUGAGAUUGAGAAGGCUCAUUCUGAUGUGUUCAAUGUGUUUCUUCAAAUACUGGAUGAUGGUAGGGUGACUGAUUCUCAGGGUCGCACUGUGAGUUUCACCAACACUGUCAUAAUUAUGACUUCGAAUGUGGGUUCACAAUACAUACUUGGCAUGGAUGGUGAAGAGACAAGUUACGAGACUAUAAAGCGAAGGGUAUUAGAUGCUGCAAGGUCAGUGUUUAAGCCGGAGUUCAUGAACCGAGUUGAUGAGUACAUUGUAUUUCAGCCUCUUGAUCGUGACCAGAUUAACAGUAUUGUCAGGAUACAGCUCGAACGAGUACAAAAGAGAAUAGCAGACCGGAAGAUGAAGCUUAAGGUCACUGAUGCUGCAGUAGAACUCCUAGGAAGUCUUGGGUAUGACCCAAGUUAUGGUGCAAGACCAGUGAAGCGUGUGAUCCAGCAAAAUGUUGAAAAUGAGCUUGCUAAAGGUAUAUUGAGAGGAGAGUUCAAAGACGACGACACUGUGUUGGUAGACACCGAGGUUACAGCAUUUUUGGAUGGCCAGCUUCCACAGCAAAAACUAGUGUUUAGAAAACUAGAUUCGGGCACAGAUGUUGAAGCAAAUAACAAGAAAGUUGUUUCACAGACUUUUUAACAUACAUGUUAUACAUAUACAGAAGUUGUAAAAUUUCAGAGUGUAAGUUAUUUUUAGGCUCUCCAUUAUAAGAUUUUUCCUCAGUGUAGAUUACUUUUGUGAAUGGCUGUAGAAUAUAUGUUGCCAAGGCGACGGAGGGCUAACGUUCCCAAUAACAUGUAAGAGGAAGUAAUAAGAUGAUCUGUUUCUCUAACUUUUUGGGUUCAAGGAGGAUGUACAUUUUGUAUUUUA